AAAGGCAUUGAGAAACCUUCAUAGAUUUUUCAUUCCAAUCACAACAGGCCUUCGACCUCAAGAAAGGAUCGCCCUCGCGGUAAGACGGAAAGCUAAGACUCGUUGAAGGCGCCCGUUCUGGUUGAUCUAUUAGUUUGCUGACCGCCCUGGAUGGAUCUUUAAUAGGAUGAUACAAGUGCUGGCAAUUCGAUUAUUUAUUACGAAAGCGAUCACUGAGCUAAUAUAAAAUGAAGUAGUCAUAAUAAUAAUUGGAACGAGGUUUUGCGCUCACCAACCGAUAUUGGGCCAGGCGCCGCUUAUCGAUUUUCCCGCUGGUUGUUCGUGACUUUGCCUUUUGUUAUUCCUCCUAUUCUCACUGUAUCAUUCAGCCUUUUUUCGUGGCCAUGAUGAACUUCACUACCGGGGCCAACGCUUCAGAACUUCUCUCUCUCGAUCGCAUCAGGUCACAGCUUAUUCGGCUCGAAGACACAAUCAUUUUCUUGCUUAUUGAACGAGCUCAAUUCGCGUACAACAAGAAAAUCUACGAGGCCGGAGCAUUCAAGGAUGAAAUUGAUUUUGAAGGAAGCUGGCUUGAAUGGUUCUUGUACGAGACAGAGACUUUCCAUGCAAAGGCCCGACGCUUUACAAGCCCCGAUGAACAUCCUUUCACCCCACUGGACAGGCUUCCGCAGCCCAUCCUCAAACCUCAAAAAUUUCCUACUCUCUUGUAUGAACCCGCUGCUACUCACCCUUCUGUAAAUGUCAAUUCUAGGAUCCUUCGGUUCUAUGUGGAGCACAUCGUCCCCGGUAUCACCGGUGCUGGAAAGGGGAAGACUGAAUCCGAAGAUGAUGGUAACUACGGCAGUUCAGCUACUCGAGAUGUUGAGGUAUUGCAGGCUUUGAGUCGAAGGAUACACUUCGGUAUGUUUGUUUCUGAGAGCAAAUUCCUCACCGCACCCCACGACUUCAUCCCUCAUAUCCUCGCCUCCCCUCCAAAUACCGAAGCUUUAGCGGGUCUCAUUACCAAGCCUGCUGUGGAAGCAAAGUUGCUUGUCCGAUUGGCUAAUAAAGCAAGGGUUUAUGGGUGUGAGAUGGAUGUGGACGGUCGAUUAAUUGAGGUUCCUGACGAGGAGAUGGGUGCCAGAGGGAAGAUUGAUCUCGCCUCGGUGGUGGGCAUGUACAAGGAUUGGGUCAUUCCUCUUACCAAGGAUGUCGAAGUGGACUAUCUUAUUCAUCGUUUGGACGGCGUCCCUCAGUCUCAAAUUGAUGUUUGGAUGAAGGGCAAAAGCCAGUAGAUUAUAUACAGGUGGAAUAUCAUAAUAGGCAGGGGAUGUAGUUUAACUUCUAAAUUCUGUUUCUAUAAUCUGUUUCCUUAAACAACAGUAACGUUGUAGCAGGGGUCCGUGAACCAGGCUUGGAGAAUAGGAAGCCUAUUUAUCUGGAUGUUCGACGCCUUGCGGAGGAUGGAUGUACUUGGUGUACUGUUCCCAUCCUGAUUUAGUGCCCCACAUGGCCCGCAACUAGAAUGAAUCAGCAACAAUACUUGUAAAGCCUUCAGAGUUACCCACCUUAUCCUCAUCAAUGAAUUGGUGCUGGUCUGGAUUCCAACCCGGCACAACAACCUCGCUGAUUAAACACCCUAUUCUCUCUUUCAAGUCGUUAUCCUCGCGCCCCCCGAGUAAUAACAUGUCCUCUUCGGGAAUCUCGCUAGCUUUCCAACAACCUCCCGGUACGAAAAGCUGAGUGACCUCUCCGAGAGAAGAAUUGGGUCCCAUGAUCACACGACGAACUGUUGGCUCGUCACCAUUCUUCUGAGGUGGUUGUAUGAGAGUGUAAAGUGCUCGCCCAGCGUGAUGGAGGUGGAAAGUCUGAAGUCAUUACUUGUUAAAAUAAUACUUCAUGCAGAUCGAUCCACUAGUAAGACGCUCGUACGUACAGAGUGUAAAUUCAUGUGCAUUGCAGAUCGGUAUGAGUCAGGGGUAAGAAGAUAGUAGAUUAAAGUCGCAUCUAGUCUUUUAUCUUCUCCCACUCGCUCAUCUCCUGGUGGACCGUAGAGCAAUUCUGCUCCUGGACCAGAUGCAUAUUGUACCCUCCCUCCCAAAGCGUCUGGUUGUGAUAUAUGGGCAUUUUGAGGUGCGGGUGACUUUGGGCUGUCUGAUUCGAGGGCAACAUUCUGAGCAAAGAAACCACCUUCGAAGUGCUUCCCAAGGGAAUGAGUCGCAAUGAGUUCUGAGUUGGGUACUGGAUAGGG